AUUGCUGAUGGCCGAUUUCAAACGCUGGAAAGAGCAGCGGCUGUCGCGCGCAGACGCGAGCCGGAAGGGCAGCGUGGACGAGCCUAUCGAGGAGAUCGUCCGGCUCCUGAAUGGCCGCGAGACUUUCUGCACCACCAGCUCGUGCUCGGGGCGCGUGGUGGUGCUGGAACAGCCCCCGGCCGCCGCCCCGGCUGCGGGUACUGCUGGCUUUGAAAUACAGAAGCAAAGCUGUACUUGGCUUAUGGUGACCCACCAACUAUGUAGUACAAAAGACGUGCUUACCGCCUUGCAGAAGGCUGCAGCUGAUGCCAUCUUCAAAUUUGAACCAUUUGUUCUCCAUGUGCAAUGUCAAGACCUGGAAGAUGCACAACUUCUGCACACCGUGGCUAUAGAAGCCGGGUUCAGAAACUCUGGUAUAACCGUUAGCCGGAAAGGAAAAAUUAUGAUGGCUGUCCGAAGUACUCACUGCUUAGAAGUUCCACUAACUCAGAAAGGAAGACUAAUGGUCAGUGAAGAAUAUGUUGACUUUGUGGUUCAAGUUGCUAAUCGGAAGAUGGAAGAAAAUUGGAAGAGAAUUAACAGAUUUUACAUCUCUUUGAAGUUUGCACUAGAGAGCAAGAAUCACUCCAUGAAUUCUCUCUCAGAGGAGAAAGAAAAAGAAAAUGAGAUGGAUUCAGGUGGAAGGAAAAAAUCUCAAGCAACCAAAAAGGAUGACGGAAGUCCUUCACACCAAAAUAAAAAUUUAGAGAGUGAAGAUGAUCGUCAAAGCAAUACUAGUAUUUUUCACUAAGUAUAGAAUUGUGUGACGUAGCCCUAUAUAUCCAUUAUGUUUGUAUAAUGUAGUUUUUUUUCCUUUGCUCUUUAUAAGAGUUUAGUAGAUUAUUGUGCUCUAGAACAGGGGUGGGAAUUUAUGGCCCUUUACGACUUGUGGACUUCAACUCCCAGAAUUCCAGAGUCAGUAUGGAGCCAUAAUUGCAUAACUCUGCUCUAGAAAGUAACAUGUUGUUUACAUGGUUUGCUUAGGUUAUUAGCAAGGUUUUAACUGCCAUAUAAUAUAAGUGAACUUCAACAUUUUUAUGGACAGUUUUUGGACCCGGAGUGUGCCUUCCCUGUUGUAGCACGUGAAAUGUGUAGAUGCCUUUAGGAGAAAGUGAUUUUUAUUUUUUUACACGUGUUCACAAUGUGCAAUAUCACAAACUUGUACCUAAGACAUGGCCACAAUAAAUACUGUGUUGCUUUG